GAGCCUGCAAGUCCUGCAGGAACAAACUUAUGAAAAGAAAAACUGGAAAAUGGAAACGAGGUAUGGAAAAUAAUCUACAUCAAACUGCACCAAAGGUUUGUUUGAUUUUUAAAUUAUUUUCCAUCACUAAAACCCAAUCUCCUUAGGUAUUUAUAUGAGCUUCCAAAGAGACUGGCAAAUAUCGAAGAAAAAUAAACUUCACUUCAUUAUUGAAAAAUUAAAAUACUUUCUAUGGAUAAUUCAACAACAACUUACUGAUAACCAGUCUACUGCAGAAUAAAAAUCAGGUUAAAAAAAUGUUUUAAAAUACUUUCAUCUAUGUUGGUGUCAAUAAUUUUCUUAUUAAAAAAUUGUCCGAAGGUGUUUUCGUAUUGCUCCAGUCAGCAGCUUUAUUAAUGGCAGCCAAAGACACACCAAUACUCUUGGCUUUAGAUGCAGAUACGGCUCUAGUAGAAUGAGAAGUAAAAAUGUUAAUGUCAAUUCCAGCCAACUGUAAAGUAUUUUUCACCCAUCGUGAAAUUGUUGAAGUGCCUACUGGAUGGUGAGGAUAAUUGUAACUGAUGAAGAAUUUUAUAAAUGGACCCCGCAACGAAAAAGAUCGUUGAAGAUAUUGCUGAGCAUUAUAUACUGGGCAAAUGUUUUUGCAUUGGGGAAAGGUGCAAAAAUCGAGAGGGGAUUGAUGAAACUUGGGCCUUGUUGCCAGGGUAAAUAAUAAUUCGUUCAUCGCUGACAUGGAUAAGUCAGACAUCGAUUGCGGUAAGCGCUUGAUCUCUCUGAGCAGAUAAAAUACAAAACAAUGUAGCAAGACGAAACGUAAGCAUUUUAAAAGGAAUAGUAUUGGCAUCCCCUAAUUCAUUCAAAUAUCGUAAAAUAAUAUCAACAUCAGAUGUGCAAACUAAUUUUGGAAAGUUAGGCCUAAUUUUGAAAUUCCCUUUAGCAACCUUUUUACAAGGGGACGACUCCCAAAAGGCUGAUCAGUUGUCGUAACCAUAAUGGUAGACAAAGCUGAACGAGCAGUAUUCAUAGCAGAAUAUCCCAAGUUAUCUUUAUGAAAUAUCUCAUUCAGGAAAUUUAUUCCGUUUUAUUAUAUUGCAGUCAGUUGGAUACAAAUCAUUCCUUGUGCAAUAAACAAACCAUUUCUGUAUAUAAACAGAAUAUUGUCUUGAAGUGCCUAAUGACCAAGAAAAGUUUAUGAUAUUGUUUGCCUCUGGAGAUAUACCCGAUGAGAGCCUUUCUUGCCAGAUAGUAUGCCAGCUCUGAGAUGAAGGGACUUGUACAGCGAAUGCGCAAACUCUGGUCGGCUUAGCAACAUCAACAGGUUCUUGAUGCAUGGAAUAAUGAUAUAUUCUGAUACCAAAAGUCUAUUAUAUUGAGAAUACCAAGAACUAUAUGGCCACUCAGGGAUAAUAACAAGACCUGUUGCUUGAUCAAAUUCUAUUUUCUGUAAGACUUUAGGAAUAACAGCAAAAGGUGGAAAAUAAUAGAAUUUGAAAGAUGACCAAUUGAAGGUAAAUGAUUCAACAGCCAAAGCCUCUGGAUCUGGCCAAAAUGAAACUAAUGGCUUCAACUGACAGUUAAUUCUAGAAGCAAAAAGGUCAAUGUCAACAUCAAAAUUCAACUUUUUAAUAAUAAACUUUCGCAUGGGGGGACCGAAACGCAUAUUACACCGGCACAGUGUAAACGUAAAGGCAAAGUGGAUAAAAUUUGUGCGGCACAGUGUAAACGCAAAUCAAUCCGAACAAGUUUUAUGCGCAUAGAUGUUAUUCUGGCACAGUGUAAACGGGGUCUAAGUCAAGUGCCCUAAAUCCUACUACUCGAAGAUUAUCUGGUCUUCUCCUCUAAAUAGAAAUUUUUAAGUACCAUACCUAGUUGAAGAAGAUUGCCAAUCAGAACGGGAGAAGAAAUUAUUUUAUUAUGCUUUGAAAUCAUCUCUCCCAAAGUGUAGCAAAAAGAUAAAAAAAUUAACAACUUUGUAACAUUUCCAAUAAGAUCAGAGGUUUUCCGACAAAAUAGCAGUUUAGUUUUAAAGGGGGGCUCUUCUCUAACGAAAAAAGGUAUUUCACUCAAAACUCACUCUUUCUCGACUUUUUUCACUAUUUUCUCAUUUUUACAGAAAUUGUAAGGUCGAAACUAUCCUUUGAUUAAAUCACCACUGAUUUUUUCAAAUGCAAUAGUGAGUUAGCAGCAUUUAAGCUCAAUAAGCAUGUGCUUUGGCCAAACUCCCGAUUUCGUACCUUAAAUUCAAAACCAUGACAAUUGAUGGUGAAAUGCCGAAUUUCAAAAAAGUAUGACGUCAGAUGAUUGCUCUAAAAAUCUUAUUGGGUUUGAUGUUGUUUUUUGCAAUUUCAAUAUUUGUUGUUGUGAUUAAAUAUUAACGAAAAAUGGUUGCCUACUGAGUUAAAUAAGCAAUGCUUAAUGCCUAAUACGAAACCGAUUGUCAACUGCUGUUGUUAUCAGUUUUGCAUAUUCCAUCAAGAUGGUCCUGAUAGUUCUGUUUUCUUUUGGCUGCAUUUUGUCACUUAACGUGAAUGCAGAAAAUAUUGUAAGACACAGUUGUGGAACAGAAGGGACGUUUUACAAAAUCGCAUCAAAUUAUGCACUGAACGAGGCGAAUGCAGCAACAAAAACGACGUCAGAAGGGGUUCUUGGAUGCAUCGAGUUUUGCGUGAAGAACGAAAGCUGCAAGGCAUUCAAUUACAAAAAGGUUUCGCCAGUUGAAUCGCUAUGUGAACUUUUGCAGAAUGAUAGAAACACGAAAGAAACAGAUGUGGCCCCGAGAGAUGGUUGGAGUUAUUACGACACAGGAUUAUAUUCAUCGCAGAUUGGUCAACGCUGCCGAAACUUGUCGUACAAUCCCUGCUAUCCUUGCUUGUGUAUUGAUUCAUGCUAUUCUGGUCUUGGAUACAGCUGCAACUGCACACACGGAUUGCCUUCGCUUCCUGACAUAUAUACUGCUUUCGAAACAACUGUUGCUGGAGAUUCAAAGAAGUCGGCUUAUGACCGAGGACAAGAUAUGAAUGGAAACAAACUUGUUACUUUGCUCAAUGGAGCCAUGAUUUCAUCUUCAGUUGGCAGGCCUGGUAGAGUUUUAAGGUUGUAUGGCACCAAUGCUGGAGCUGUUCUUGGCAACUUUUAUUCGCACAGCUUGAACAAUCCAGCUGAUUCGAAAAUUAGCAUUUCCUUGUGGCUUCGAAUUGCAUCUCCGCAGUCUGGAGUUCAAACCAUUUUUGGAGCAGGAAGAUAUGCCUCUGAUUCAGGAGUGCUUUUGCGAGUCACCUCAUCAGCAAAAGCGAUAUAUGCCCGUUCUCUUCUCAGUUCAAAGCAUCUUACAACGCCUGAGGUACAGAUCUCAGAUACAUUGCAAUCCUGGACCCAUGUAGCGUUGACUUCCAACUGGAUAUCACCAAAGAUUGUCAUCUAUCUAAACGGCCUCAAUGUCGCACAGCAAACAACAGCUAGUUCCUAUUCUAUAUCAACCACAAAGCAUCCUAACUUCAUUUUUGGAGCUGGGUCAUUGUUUUCUUUGAUCAACGAUCAUUGGGAUAUGCAUAUUGACGACUUUGCUUUUUGGGAUAACUAUAUUCUAACUCCAGAAGAAGUUGCCUACGUUAUGAAUAAAGCUGGCCCAGCAAACGGGCAGCUAAAGCAAGUAUCGAACGGGGAAAAAGUCGCCUUCCAUGAUUCAAAAUUUACAUUUUAUGCUUGAAUCGCUUUGUCUAGCAAGAAGCCAAGUAUGAAAAUCAUUAUGAAAAUCAUUAUGGCUCGGAAAAGAGGAGCAAAUCUUAUUCAUAAAAGUAUGGCAUUGAUUGGAAUAAAGAUCAGGCUGUUUAUUUCUAAACAAAGUGUUUCUGCUCAGUCUUGAACAGAAUAAGACUAUUUUUAUUCUGAUCAUGAAGAUCUUUAAUGAAGUUGGUUAUUUCAGCAUUUUUAAUCACGCUUUCGGUGUCUAUUUGCUACUAUGAGCUACUAUGAGCUUCAACUUUGAUUUGAAUGGGAUGUUGUAUCCAGACUUUUACCACGUUCUCAAUAUAAGUAGCAACUUUUCGUUUUCACUUUGGGUUUGAUCAAAAGAAAAAGAAAAUAUAUUGCUUUCAAACAGAACAUAUAUGGUUUCCAAUGGACAAAAUUCAACGAGAACCUCUCAAAAACGCAUCAUCCUUAAUCUUGGUACUCUCGUUUCUAAUGAACAUGCCAAAAAAUUCCUAUCUUUCAUAGUGUCACUAAAAAAUUUUAUCAUAACAUAAAUCCAAUUCCAACACAUAGCACAUCUUCCUACUUCGUUUUGCGUCCUAUGCAUGACAAAAUUAAAUUAAACGGAUCUUUUACGUUUCAAUGGAAAUUAUCGAUCUGUCGUAAAGUGCUUGAUGCCGUAUAGGCAGAGCUGUACACGCUUUUGGUGCAUAAAACAAGACACUUCUAAGUUGCUUCGCCGAUCAUCGGGCAACUGUCCUUCAACGUUCUAUAUUUAUGAAACUAAUCUUACGAUUCUGUUCUUAUAGUUUCUUUUUACCCUUUGCUCUUCCUAUUUUCUUCAACUGAUGAAGAUUUAAGCUCGAAACGUCAGAAGAAUAUUCAACUUCUAUGUACAUAGUCAUAUUUAAAUAUAUUUUUCGUAUUUAUCACUCACUCGACGUACAAACGCUGAAGUAUAUUGAUUAGCCAGUCUCAUUGCUAUGGAUCACCGUAGUAAGAUUGGAAUUUAGAACAGGUUUGAUCAAGCAACAAAAACUCGAAACAUCUGUUAAAGUAAUUCUGAGUAGCAGUACAUUAUUAAGAUGCCAUUUAUUUGUUGAUGCUUAAACCUCCUGUAAACAUCUUUUUUUGAAUAUAUGACGUUGUGAUAUAAAAAGUGAACUUUGAGAUAGCGGUCUCCUAGAAACACGAUGCAAAUUAGCCCCUUCUUAUGUCAAAAAUAGCUUUAGUUGCUUUGUUUAUCAGGGUUGCAAUAAAUACUCAUCAGGAGUUUUGCAAAUCAGAAGCCACCUUUUCUAGGAGAUUAUCGCAUUAUAGAAGAAAGUUAUAAAAACCUUUCCCAAAGCCCGUCAAUGGCAUAAUAAUAGCCCCUCAUGUAAGUUUUAUUUCUAGCUUCAGUUCCAAUAACUAACAGGACAGGAGAAUGAUAAACAAUAUGGAAUGAUAGACUCUCUACGCCUUAGCUAAAAUUUUACCAUGUUUUGUGUAGGGACUUGCACUUUAUUUUAAAUUAUUUGACGAAUGUCAGUUAAUGACAGAUGUUAUAUUUCAUCACAAAUGUUCAUA